GAAAAUUCUUUGUAAUAAAUAAGGGGUCAUGCAAAGUCAAGAUCAUAAAAGAGACCAACAAUAACAACAGUCUUAGAGCAGGAAAAGACUGGUGCUUUUAUAUCUUUUGAAACAUACUUGUGUUUGUAGUGUGUGAAGAUAAUGGGAAGAAGUCCUUGCUGUGACAAGAGCAAAGUGAAAAGGGGGAGUUGGUCUCCAGAAGAGGAUGCCACUCUCAGGACUUAUCUUCACAACCAUGGCACUGGGGGGAACUGGAUAGCCCUGCCUCACAAGGCUGGGCUUCAGCGUUGUGGAAAGAGUUGCCGGCUCAGAUGGCUUAAUUACCUGAGACCAGAUAUUAAGCAUGGAGCUUUCACACAAGAUGAAGAAAAUGUAAUAUGCAAUUUAUACAGGAAAAUAGGAAGCAGAUGGUCUGUGAUAGCUUCACACCUGCCAGGAAGAACAGAUAAUGAUGUGAAAAACUACUGGAACACAAAGUUGAAAAAGAAGCUCAUGCCAGCAGACUGCAAUACUCCUCGGAUGAAGACUAACGUGAAAACGGCCACCAUUGCCACCUCCGGCACCAUCACAACCACCACCAUUCCUGACAAGGCCACUACUUUCCAUGCCUCAACAACUUCACUGGCGUUUUCUCCAACUUUUCCAACGCCAUUUCUAGCUGACAACACUACUGCAGGCCUAGUGAAUGCCAAUGCCAAAAUUACUGUUCCAUAUGAACCCAUAAGUUUUAGCUUCUCAAGAUUCAUUCUUGAAGGGUCAAGUAAUUGUUCAAGUGCUGAUAACAGUAACUAUUUUUCUCCAUCCCACCAAGAUUCAAGCCCUUUCAUGCCAUUCGCUUCAGCAAUGGAUGAAAACUACGGAGUCAAUGGAAUACCAAGGGAUGAAUAUUCAUAUGAAGUUCUAAGUAGCAUUUGGCCUCAAGAGGAAGCCCUUGGAGCUGAUGGUAAUGCAGAUCUGUUCAGUAUUUUCCAUAUUGAUUCUAAUCCACCAGGAGUGAGUCAAAGUCUAUAAAGGACAACAUAAAUUCAUAUGGCUAACUAGUAUUGUGAUGUAAUUUGCAUGAAACAAAUGAAUGCAAGCAAAGGAACCUAGGAAUUGCCAAAGAAAGAUGAUUUCUUUUUGUUUAUUCUUAUUUAGUAGUUUCGGCAACUUGGUUGGAUCAGAGGACAGAAACAUAUGAUAAAAUUGCUUGCAAGAAGUAUUACGGCAAGAAUACAUAUAUGAUUAACUUAUACAUAUAUGCAUACUUUUGAUCAUUUAUGAUGCAAAUUUUCUCAUACCAUGUACAUUUUAAUCGUGGGGUCUGAAUUUUAAUGGCAGUCUACUGCCUUUCUAGUGUGCCAGACACAAGAAAAGAAAAGUAGUAUAGCAUCAAUAUCUCUCGUCUGUCAUGUUGGUCAAUGUCAUGG